AUGGGUUGUGUUCUUGGCGCACUUGGAUGUUGUUUUGGAUCAGCAGCUUGCAGUCUUUGCUGUGCUUGUUGUCCAUCAACACGUAAUUCAUUAGCAACACGUUUAGCUUAUGGAGUACUUUUACUUAUUGGAAUGGUUAUAUCCUGGAUAUUUUUAAUACCAGAACUUGCAGAUACACUUGCAAAAAUACCAGCACUUUGUAAACAAAGUGCAGUAAAUGUAGCUGGUAUAGAAAUAAGUCCGGGGCAAAUAGAAUGUGACAAAUUUGUUGGUUAUUUAAGUGUAUAUCGAAUACAAUUUUCAUUAGCAUGUUUCUUCUUUAUAAUGAUGGUUUUAAUGUUAUGUGUUAAACGAUCAAAAGAUCCUCGAAGUGCAAUACAGAAUGGAUUUUGGUUUUGGAAAAUCUUAAUUAUUAUUGGUAUCUGUAUUGGAGCAUUCUUUAUUCCAAGUCAAGGAUUUGCACCAGCUAUAAUGGUUAUUGGAAGUAUUUGUGGAUUUAUAUUCAUAUUACUUCAACUUAUUCUUCUCGUUGAUUUCGCUCAUAGUUGGAAUGAAAGUUGGGUUGGAAAAGGUGAAGAUGGCAGUAAAAUACAUUAUUUUGGUCUGAUAUUUUUUACAGCAACAUUCUAUAUUCUAUCAAUUGUUGCCAUUGUACUCUUAUAUGUUUACUAUGCAUCUAAAGCAACAUGCGGUCUUAACAUAUUUUUCAUAACAAUAAAUCUUGUAUUAUGUAUUAUUGUAUCUGUUGUAUCAGUAUUACCAGUGGUUCAAAAUUAUCAUUCAACAUCGGGUUUAUUACAAUCAUCAUUUGUGACAUUAUAUGUUAUAUUUUUGACAUGGUCAGCUAUAACAAGUGAAAAACCUGAUGCAACUUGUAAUCCAUCAUGGUAUGAUUUUAAUAAGAAUGGAAAUUCAACAAUGAAUGAAGUAACUGGCAGUGGCUCAGUUGGUGUUUCAUCAAUUGUAGCUUUAGUUAUAUUCUUUGGAUUGAUUGUUUAUUCAGCAUUGACAAGUUCAACAAAAUCAUCAGGUGGUAAAUUGUUAGGAAUAUCAGGAAAUGAAGAAACAGGAACGCCUGUUACAGAUACAGAAGGUGGCAAAAGCUAUGAUGAUGAAGAACAAGCAGUUGCUUAUAAUUAUUCUUUAUUUCAUUUUAUGUUCUUUUUGGCUUCAUUUUAUGUCAUGAUGACGUUAACAAAUUGGUUUAAACCAACGAAUAAUUUAAAUAAUUUUCGUCAAAGUGAUGCAGCUGUUUGGGUUAAAAUAUCUUCAUCAUGGACAUGUUUAUUACUUUAUUUUUGGUCAGUUAUAGCACCAUGCGUGUUUCGCAACCGAGAUUUCUCGUAA